UGCUCAGAGAACUCACGACGACUACCGAGAGGCUCCCGACGACCAACUUGGAUUUAUGAGGCAUCAGAUAGUUUGUUGAGACACGCUCCAUACGUUAUACGGCUGGCGGGAGAAGACGGUUCCGACGGAAUCGGACAGUGUCAUCCACCAUAGUGCAAGGCGACUCCGAAGCCACUACGAGACUCAAAAAUGGGCAAAGGCUACAAUAACUUCAUGUGCAAGAAGGAUUUCCAUCCCUCCUCCAGAGAGAAUCUGAAACGGGUCUGGAUGGCGGAACAAGCUGCUGACGCAGAGAAGAAGAAACAAGAAGAACUCAAAUCUCAAUACGACAAGGAGCAGAAUCUCUACAAUAAUCGGUCCAUGGUGUCGACGGAAUCGAAAGACAAGUUGUCGCUCAACUUCAUGUACGAUGCGCCACCGGGUCUCCGCCGAGAAGAGAAGGAAACUUCGAAAGAGGAACCUCGUUUCGAGUGGCAGCGAAAGUACCAAGCUCCAAGAGAAAGUUGGGCCAAAGGUAACGAAGAGAUAAGGGAUCAACCAUUCGGCAUUCAAGUUAGGAAUGUUAAAUGUCUCAAGUGCGGAAAAUGGGGACACAUCAACACCGAUAGAGAAUGUCGAUUAUUCGGGGAAUCACAGGGAGUUCGUGAGAAGAAGGAAGAUUCCCGCGAUCCUAUCGAAUUAAUGCUGAUGAUGCAGGAAGAACAGGGUUUGCGUUUGAAGCGCAGCGCUCUAUCAAGAGACGUCGACUUGGAAACUCACAAACUGGAAAGGGAAGGCAGAAUGCAGGAUCGCAAACAUGAAGAGCAGAUGCUGGAGGAUUUGACCCUGAAACAGAAGAAAGAGUUGUUGAAAAAACUCGAGAAAUUGGAGCGGAAGCGCGACCGGAAACUUAAAAAGAAAAGAAAAAGAAGCGCCGUGAAAAAUCUCGUUGACCUCAUCGCUUUGAACUACACACGUAUGUCUCCAACGAGAGAGAUGGAGAAAUCGGAUUGUAAUCACCAUAGCAACGCAUCAUGAAUCAUGAGGAGGACAUCACCAUGUCACCAUGAACAAUA